GCGUCGACUUCGAGACCUGAGAGAGCUGGCGAGGCAACGGCGAGGAGGAAGGGCGGAGAGUGAGUCUCAGACCAGACCCGAGGACUCUCCCCCAGUGUAUGAUGAGGUGGUUGGCAAUUUACCGUCCUACCAGGAUGCGCUGGCUAUGGUUCCUUCAUCUUCGACCGUUGAGGAGAUCCUGCGCGAGGACGUGAGACCCGCAGACAGCACAGCAGAGGCAGCGGCGUCCUCGCGAGACCGUGGGAGUGAGCUGGACAACAACGCUCCGACGCCGGCGACUUCGAGAGAACCUGAGAACGAAACCGGCGUCGCGGAGGUUCACGGGGCUGGGCCCAGACUGCCACGCACCCUACCGACGGCUCAUACGUCAGUCGCUCGGGAAGAAGGUCCUUCGGAGAUCCUUCAGGAACGGUCUGGUGCAGGAGGAGGGAGUCGUCCGCCAGCCAGCGAGGGAGAAAACGACCCCGCGGUAAUAGUUUCUUCGGAGUCUCAUCGGGGAAUUCAAACGCGAUUUUGAAAAAGGAGGAAGUGACUGCAAGAACGGCAGGAAAGCCCCCCGACUGGUCUGCGCAUGCGUGGUGGAGCGAGCAAGAUGGCGGUGUCUCGACAGGAGAGAAUACCGCUCUCAGUUACGUUAGGUUAGAUUUGUACUUAUAACCCGGAAAUGACGUAUAUAUACUCGUGUGCAUGUGUGCCGUACGCCUAACCGUGAAUAAUUGGGUAUGGAUGCAGUACGCGUAAUACCGGUCUUUAAAUGUCCCUGGAACGAGCAUUUAUAGAAUAUUUUAUUAACGAAACUGUUAUCAACAAUUUCACUUUAUUACACCACAUGUGAUAGUGCUUUAACGUGAGUCUACCGAUGCUCACGUUAUAGGUAAAGGUUUGAAUUGACAAAACAUGUAAUAAAUGUAUUAAUCGAAGUAG